AUUGCGUGCCCUGUUCAUCAUUUCAAAUGUCCAAAAAGCUAUUGUAUACCCAUGAAGUAUGUAUGCAAUGGUAAGAGCGACUGUCCGGAUGGUCAAGACGAACAUUUUUGUGAUUGUAUUAACCCGGACAAAAGUGAAGUAACGAUAUUGUUCCCUGGACCAAAUAUUAUAUCUAAACAAAGAUCAAAGGUGUUGCAAGAGGUGGCAUCUAAGCUUAGAGGCACGUUGUUCACUAGAAGUUCCUCUACAAAAAUAUUGAAAAUGAUGAAAACUGAGGACUCAGGGGUUUAUCCUUUCCAUUUUGUUGGCGCUAAUGCUUUAUCCAAAAGUGAGCACACGGACAAACUAGAGACGGGCCAUCUUAUCAACUAUACUGAUGAGUUUGACAUUAGAAAACGGAAAAUGGAAAUAUUGUUUGACAAUAAGGAUGAAAGGUCAAGCAAGGGACUUAUAUGGCUAACAGAUAGUCUAUAUGUUACUGAGGCCGAACGAGACAUAUUUCAUAACAAUCUUGGUACAAAUGCUUCAAGAUCGAUUAAAAAAUAUAGAGUUAUAAUUAACGCACGUCCAUAUAAAGAGAUAGAUAUUCCACGUCAAUCGCCUGUUACAGAAAUUAUGCUAAGGGACAAGGAUAUUCUAGGAACAUUGGGUUCCAGAUUGUUUCCUUCCAUAUGCAAAGGUAAUCCAGUGGAAUGUGAAGGAAGAUAUCGUUGUAGAUUAAGUCUGGUUUGCAUUCCUUUGUCACAGCUAUGUGAUAAGAUAAAACAUUGUCCAUUCGGUGAUGACGAAGAGAUGUGUGACUUCGUUUGUCCUCGGCAAUGUGUGUGCCAGCCGUUAAUUGUCAACUGUUCAAACUUGCUUGACCGAAAUGAUACAAUUAAUAUAUCAUCAUCGACGCGAGUGUUAGACGUAAGCAAUAGUGAAGAACUUGGUAGAGCUAUUGUCUCAGAUGAAGGAAGUUCACACCAUGUACCCUUACUGAUAAAGUUAAAUGUAUCAAAUUGCGGAAUUCAACAUCUGUCAAAAUAUUCUUUCACUUUUCUAAGAAACUUGUUAACAUUAGAUAUCAGUUUCAAUAAGUUGAAUGUUUUAGUUAGAGACACUUUUGUAUUUCUAAAGCAUCUUCAAGUUUUGAAAAUGAAUGGAAAUGUGUUACUGUCUGCAAUAGAGCCUGGGACAUUCAAUGGCAUUUCAAAUAUUUCAAUAGCAGUCAAUGAAGCUAAAAUCAAAGUUAUAAACAAACACACUUUCGAUGGCAUAAACAUAAAUCAUUUAGAUUUAUCCAAUAAUAACAUUGAAUCUAUAGAAGACGAUGCAUUCGAAGGACUUAGUUGUAGAUCAAUUGAUAUAAGAAAUAAUCCAAUAAAGGUGUUUGGUAAGAAUAUAUUCUAUGGGAUAGAAGGGCUGACAAAUUUGAUAACACCACAGUACAAGUUUUGUUGUCUCAAACCAGUUUAUCUUCUAGAAGAUAGCUGUUUUCCUUAUAAGGAUGAAUUCUCCUCGUGUCAGCAUCUGAUGAGGAACUCGACCCUUCAAACAUUGUUAUGGGUGAUUGGACUUCUCGCACUGUUAGGGAAUAUUUUGUCCAUUUGUUAUAGACUUUAUUUUGACAGCCAAAGACUUAAACUUGGUUACGGUGUAUUCGUUACGAAUUUGGCAUUGGCAGAUCUUUUAAUGGGAAUAUACAUGCUAAUAAUUGCUAUCGCAGAUCAAAUUUACAUGGACAGAUAUAUUGAAGCGGACGAAUAUUGGCGUAACAGCGUGUGGUGUAAAAUUGCCGGGUUUCUGUCGACAACAUCAUCAGAGGCUAGCGUCCUUCUCAUUUGUCUUAUCACACUAGACCGAUUACUUGUGAUCAAAUUUCCAUUCGGACAGUUACGAUUUAAACCCAAAUCGGCUUUAUAUGCUGUAAUGGUUUCUUGGAUAGUCUCAAUAAUAGUUGCGAUAGUCCCUAUAUUGCAUACUGAUUAUUUCAAAGGUCGCUUCUAUAGUACCUCCGGCGUUUGUCUUGCUUUACCUUUGACGAAUGACAGACCUCCAGGGUGGCUUUACUCCAUGUUCAUUUUUGUCGGGUUUAAUAUGGUAACCUUUACACUGAUUGCCGCUGGACAGGUACUUAUUUACUUUGAAGUGAAGCAGCAAUCCAAGAGGCGAUUGAAAAUGCGUACAUCACGUGCUAAUGAUCUGAAAAUUGCAAGGAAUCUCCUACUUAUAGUUACAACUGAUUUUAUCUGCUGGUUCCCAAUUGGUGUGAUGGGAGUCCUUGCUACGAUGGGUCACGUGAUUCCUGGGGAUAUGUAUGCCUGGACCGCUGUUCUGAUUUUACCAGUAAACUCCGCUCUUAAUCCAUUCAUGUAUACGUUCUCUGCAAUCUUUGGAAAGAAGAAAUUCCUUCCGAACAUUGACGAACAGACAAGGAAAGAGUUAUUAAAAGAUGUUGGGCCUGCUGUACUGAACAUUCUGCCAUAUUAUUCCGGGAAACAAAGUGACGGUGCAGUGAUAACGCUACGGGAAUUAUUGGAUACUCAACAUCUUACAUUUCUUGAUUGUGCUUUUAUUGUACGCCAUCUUUCCAACUAUCUUACCAUUCUUCAUGGAGACGGUCUCGUGCUACAGCCAAUCAAUGAAGACAAUAUUUUGGUCCAUGUGAAUAAUUUCAAGCAGAUUCGGAAACACGUGCAGGUGUCUGUAACGCCAGUUUUGUCAUCAAAGAAGGUUGACCAAGAAGAAGAUGUGUAUAAACUGGGACUAAUAACGCAGAAAUUGUUGCAGAAUGUCGGGAAAUGCUGAGAUAUCCUAUAUUUAUAUCAAAACAAUGAGAUAUCAAAUGUUUGUUAUGUUGCACAAAAGUGCGUGUAAUUGGUUACAUUGGUUUUGAAUUCAAACUCAUUUCGAAGACGAUGAUCCAUCAACAAACUUUUUAUAUUUUUUAAUUUUUAAGCAUUAGUUCUAGAUAAAUGUUUUCCGAGAAAUGGACACUACUCGGAAUAGAAUAUGGUCAGUGUUUUCAUAAACCAAUCGGUCGCAGAUGCAUUGAUUAAAACAUUAAAAACUUUAAUUUUUGUUUUAUUGAUCGUAAAUGUGUUGUAUCGAUGUGUUGCUUUGAAAAAAAAAUACUUGCACUGUUAAAGUUUUUUUAUACUUUUCUUCGUCAACUUUUUUAAAAGGCAGAUCCAAAAUAUUUAGGAUAGUAGAUUUGGCGUUUAAAAUAAAACUAUUCGACAAAGGCAAAUGUGAAAAAAAAUAUUUGAGCACUGUCUUGCAAUUUGUUGUUUUAAUGACAUAAUAUGUCAACGUCAUAUAUGACGUCAAAGUCAUACCGGAAGAUUAAAAUUGUAAUUUUGU